AAAAAACCACGGGCUAGAUUGUAACUCAUUCAAAAUCCCUUAAUUUACGGAGAGUUCAAAUUGAACAUUUUAUUCAAUUUCCGGCAAAUACGCACAGGUCGUUAAAGUAAUCUAAACUUCUGGAAAAUAACGGGAAUAUACGAUGUUGUGAUCAGGCUCGACUUUAUCUCACGUUAUUGGACGAAAAGCAGGAAAGUGGAGUUGAGAUAUAUCCGAACAGUGGUGAUCUCAUUGAAUGGCUGAGCGGACUCGAUAGGGUGAAUGGUAACUCCCUGAGGACGAUUGUGUUUUUUUUUAACCAGUGAAACUCACCGCAUCACAAAGUCGGGGCCAUUGAACUGAAGCAGUGACGACUUUUUCAACACACAGGAAAUGGAUUCUUUACCUGAGGAUAUGACGAUGCGUACCCUAAUUAAAGGUAUGAUUGCCGAAGAGGUUCCACAGAGCAUAGUGCGUCCAGGGACACACAGGUUAUGGAAAAAGACAAGUACUCCCAAAAAGCUCAUUGAUGUCCCUAUGCAACAGUCUCCAAGUAUGGUUCUCCGUAGUCAAAUGAAAGCAAAAGUUAAAAGUUCUCAGCUAACUGAUGCUGCUGUGGCUGCGGAAUCAUCUAAAAAACAAAGAACUGGAAAGAAUUCUGUAGGACUGAAGAAAGCAAAGACUGUCAGAGCAAUCUCUCGGGAGGCUUUAGACGAUUACACACCAAGAAGUCUUCUAAAGAAAUUCAUGCAAACUGAGCUGGAAUCUUCCCUGGUUAAAGUAGUGAAUCCUGAAAAGGAAAAGUCUGUGCAAAAGAAAUCUCAACCCAAGACAAAAUUGUCAUCUGGCAGUUUGUCUGCAGAAGAUACCACAGAGCCGAAUUUGCCUGCAGACCGUAAAAUUCGAAAACAGGAGUUAAGUGUUUCGGAGUUCGAAAAGGCAACACAAAAGAGACUCCAACAAACAGCAGAAACCGAACAAUGUGACAAGAGCUCAAGACUUCCAGACGUCUCAACAAUAGUUAGUUUAAUUAAUCCUGACUUUGAAGAAUCCACAACAAAACCCAUUCUUUGUAGAAGACCAAAAAAGCGCAAAAUUAUAAAUGAGGAUGAUUUUGAAGAGGGCGUGCAUAAUUAUCUUGAACAAGAAAAAGAAUUAGAAGAAAUUGAAAGAACUGAGCCAGUUGAAAAGACUUCAGGACUGACGGACAUUUCACGUAUAGUUGGAUCAAUUAAUUUUGACACUGAUGAGUCUGUGUCAAAACCAGUUUUGAGCAGAAGACCGAGAAGAGACAAACUCAUCAGUGAGGAUGACUUUGAAGAAGGAGUACUUUUCUACUUGCAACAAGCUAAAGGGAAACCGGUCUCAGGAGCGCAGGACACAUCAAGUGACAGUGCAGAGAAAGAAAAAUCAAGUGCACACACACUGCACGAUGAAUUUGCUGCUACUGAACUGUACACUUCACCCUGGCCAGCAAAAAGUAAUGGGAUGAAGGCUGUUGCAGUUGAGACUGAAGAGAUGAAAAGUGCAUUUGGUUUGAAAUCAGGGCUUGAACUGGAAAAAGAAACUGAAUUAUCAGUGAGAGUUGAAGAAAAAUCCAUAAAGGUGGCCAAUGCAGGAAGAGCCAGCUCUCUCAAUCUCUUCAAAGAAAAGAAUUUAUCAGAUAAUGACCACCAAAUAGCGUAUACAGCAGGGAAACGCAUUGAAGAUCUUGCUACGGGUGAAGAAUCAAUGGAUCAUGGUAUCCAGAUACAAGAAGGUGCUAAGGAGAACCAAUUUGAGCAUGGAGGAUCAGGAUCAGCAGUUGGCUCUCGGGAAACGGAAACAACAAAGCUAGAAGAAGAAGCAGCACAUGAUGAUGAAUAUCAAGCAGGAUAUAAUGAAUUCAAGAUGGUCAGGGAUGCUGGACUGAACUUAGCAACGCCAGUUGAACAGGAGUCAGCUAUAUCACGGCAAUUUGAAGGAAUGGAUAACCAUGAAGGGAUGUUAGUUGAAGAAGUGGGUGAUAAAGUGGAAAGUGAUAAAAUGGAAGCUGAACCCACAGAAAGUGAGGGAGUGAAGGAUGAUGACAAAAUGGAGGGCGAUGCGGUGGACGACGCGCGAGUGGAGGGCGAUGCGGUGGAUGAUUAUAAUGAAAAAGAAUCUGAUGAAGUGCUCAACAGGGAAGAAUUGACAGACAACAGUGAAUCUGAAGAAGAUGACAGUAAAGUGAGACUGGCUUUCCAGCAGAGUGACAAAGGAUUCAGGUUCUCUCCAUUACUGACCACACCGCACUUUCUCAAGAUACUGGGUAGCAACAGAGCACAAAAACCACUUGUAAAGGUAAAGCAGAACUCAAAGAAAACAACUAAAGCACGAAAGAAAACCAUUUUGCCAAGCAGCUUUGUAAAGUCUGUGUUUACUCACUAUGCCAAAAUGAGAGUGAAGAAGGAAACAUUUGCAGUAGUUGAACAAUGCUUGGAGUUGUAUUUCAAACAGCUUUGCGAUGAUGUUGAUGUUUAUAGCAAACAUGCUAAAAGAAGAACUAUUGAAAAAGAAGACUUGGAACUUCUAAUGAAAAGGCAAGGAUUUGUGACUGCAAGGACGCCCUUGAAUGUACUGAUAGAACGCCACCUAUCUAUGGAAUGCAGAGAAAAACUAAUUCCAAUGGCUGUCAGCGGGAGUAAGAUAAUUCCCAAGAAGUAACAACCAUAAAUGACAAGAUGUAAAAGCUCAACGCUCAGAUGGAAACCUUGCUAAGAGAUUCUGAACACACUUUCUCGUCAAAAUAGGAGCAUUUGAUACUAGCACUUUGGCAUUAAAUGACAAUGUGUACUCCUAGGUUAGAUAUUUUACAAUGAUCUACAAAGUAAUCUCCUCACUAAAUCAGCCAAAUAGCAUAUAUUACCCUCAACUCCAUACUUCACCUACCUAAGUUUCCUUGAUUUGAGAUGUGCACAACUUCACAAAACUGGCAAAUUGUGUUCAGGACUUAUAUUUACUAGGAAGCAGGUCUAGACUAUCCGUACAAACUUAAAAUGUGGAGAAACAUAGGUCUGACGUUGAAAGGAAAGUAUAUUUUAAUUUAAAGAUGUUGAUGUACAUGUAACUUGCAGCACAAGCAAUUUUUCUCAUUAAUGUUUUGCAUUAACAUAUUACUUCCUUAUAAUAAACAUAGAUAGGCACUACCUUAAAGUAGAAAAUCUAGAUUUUGGUUUGCCAUUGGCUUGCCUUCCAUGACCAAAAUUUGAGAACUUUUACGAAGAAUGUUGUACAUUUUAUAUAAAAAAUGUUGUAAAAUUAGUUAAGGAAAGUGUGCAUCUGUUUCACUAAAACUUUAAAUCACAAUUGAGUUAACCCUUCUACUUGAAAGUAAUAUUUGAUUUCCCAUUACUCGUGUUGAACCCAAUAACUGCUCAAGUCUGCUAGAAGUUCCUGUGUAACCUCAAAUAGCAAACCAAGAAAAAUAGGUACAUUUAACUAAGCAGAAUUUAACUUUUUUGAAGUAUGGAAAAUAAUGGUAAGUUGAAUCUUGACUGUCAUUUGCGAUUUCCCUGAAGCAUCCGUUGUAUUUCAUUAUUCUUAGUACGCACUCUAAUAACUUGUACAUCUGAUCAAACGCUUGUUUGAAAUAUUCCAUAGCAUGCUUAAAAAAAGUCUUUUAUGAUAAGGUUAAUGAUUCUGUGAAAUGCACAAUAAAGAUGUCAACCUGAAAA